CGCAGCUUUUCCUAUUACGCCCCGCCCCUUUUCCCACAAAACACAGGGGCUAGGGUUUUGAGCAGCUCUCGGUUCCUCAGUACAGAAAUAAACGCAGCUGCGGGGGAAAGGAGAUCCUGAAGACGGGCAGAAGGACAUGGGCCACUAAGGGACGGUGCGAGAGAAUGAUCUGAACUGUUCCAGGCUACUUACUGAGCCGCGUGAUCUGAAGUCGUUCCAGCAUGGACGCCUCCACCAUUCUGCCGGUACUGAAGAAGAAAUUGGCGUUUCUAUCAGGGGGUAAAGACCGGCGCAGCGGCCUGAUCUUGACCAUCCCGCUAUGCACGGAGCAGACCAGCAUGGAGGAGCUCAGCUCCACACUAGACUACCUGCUCGGCAUCCCCAGUGAGAAGUGUAAAGCACGUGGUUUCACUGUGAUCGUGGACGGCAGGAGGUCUCAGUGGAAUGUGGUGAAGACGGUCGUCUUGAUGCUGCAGAACGUGAUCCCAGCCGAGGUGUCCUUAGUGUGUGUGGUGAAGCCUGAUGAAUUCUGGGAUAAGAAGGUCACCCAUUUCUGCUUCUGGAAGGAGAAGGACAGACUUGGCUUCGAGGUGAUCCUGGUCUCAGCGAAUAAGCUCACACGCUACAUCGAACCUUGUCAGCUAACCGACGAGUUUGGAGGGAGUCUGCAGUAUGACCACAUGGACUGGCUCAACAAGAGGCUGGUGUUUGAGAAGUUCACCAAGGAAUCCACGUCCCUGUUGGACGAACUCGCCGUCAUCAACGAGAGCGAAAAGACCAGUCAGCCGCCGGAUAAGUCCAGGUCUCCGGAGUGUAACGCCCUGCCAUCGUUCGACCCCGAAACUGUCCUGCAAACCGGCCACGAGUUGCUGUCGGAGCUGCAGCAGAGGAGGUUUAAUGGCUCCGAGGGAGGAGGAGGUGGAGGCGGAGGAGGAGGUGGAGGAGGAACGGCUUGGUCUCCGAUGGACGACGAGCUCCUGGCUCAGCCGCAGGUCAUGAAGCUGCUCGACUCUUUGCGCGAGCAGUACACCAAGUACCAGGAAGUGUGUCGCCAACGCAGCCGCCGCUCGCAGCUCGACCAGAUCCACACCAAGGUCAUGCAGGUGGUAAACUGGCUGGAGGGUCCAGGCACAGAGCAGCUCCGCACUCAGUGGGGAAUCGGAGACUCUAUCCGGGCGUCUCAGGCCCUACAGCUCAAACACGAGGAGAUCGAGAGUCAGCACAGCGAGUGGUUCGCAGUGUACGUCGAGUUGAAUCAGCAGAUGGCGGCGCUGUUGAGCGCAGGAGACGAGGAGGACCUGCUGGAGCUGAAGAAUCUGCAGCAGCAGCUGAGCGAUGUGUGCUACAGACAGGCCAGUCAGCUGGAGUUCAGACAGAACGUCCUGCACUCGGCCCACGAGUUCCACAGCACGGCACAGGAUCUCUCGCAGCAGCUGGACGGUCUGCUGGGCAUGCUCUGUGCUGACGUUGCCCCUGCCGACGGAGCCGCCAUUCAGCAAACCCUCAAACAUCUGGAGGAGAAACUGAAGAGUGUCGAGGGAGCCCUGCAGGGCUUGAGGGAGAAAGGCCAGGUGCUGCUGGACCAGAUAUCUAACCAGACGUCCUGGUUCUAUGGGAAAGACAUGCAGAUCGAGAACAAGGAGAACAUCGACCACAUCCACAGCGUGAUGGAGGACAUGCAGCUACGCAAGCAGAGGUGCGAGGACAUGGUGGACGUGCGGCGGCUAAAGAUGCUGCAGAUGGUCCAGCUUUUCAAAUGUGAAGAGGACGCUUCACAGGCUGUCGAGUGGCUCACUGAACUGCUGGACGCCCUUCUGAAGACCCACAUCAGGCUGGGCGACGACGCCCAGGAAACCAAAGUCCUCCUGGAGAAACACAAGAAGUUUGUGGAUGUUGCACAGAGCACGUACGAUUACGGCAGGCAGCUGCUGCAGGCCACGGUGGUGCUGUGCCAGUCACUGCGCUGCGCCACGCGCUCCUCGGGCGACACGCUACCCCGACUGAACCGCGUGUGGAAGCAGUUCACCAUCUCCGCCGACGAGCGCCAGCAGCGCCUCGAGACAGCCAGAGACUUCCACACUGUGGCUGAGAGGGUUCUGAGAGACGACCAGGCCGGGUUGCUGGACGUGGAUACGUUUGAGGAAGUGGAGACCGUCGGGAAAGCUCUGCUAGACCGCCUCACAGUGCCGGUGAUUUUUCCUGAUGGGAGCGAGCAGUUUUUCGGCAGCCCCAGCGACAUGGCGUCUUCCGCCGAGAACAUCCGCGACAAGAUGAAGCUUGUGGAGGACAAGAGGCUGCAGGAAGAGUCUGUGAGGCAUCUCGAGGAGGACACCACUCCAGAGGAAGAGCCUGAGGAGGGUUAAUGCAAUCAGUCAUCCCAAUAUGCCUUUCCAAUCCGUGUUAACCUCUCGGGAUCAGACAAAGGUAGUACAUAUGUAGAGUUCUGUCGCGCUUACACUAUAUAUGUAUGUAUAUAUGUGCGUGUGUGUAUAU